AUGGCAGCUGAGAGUAUUGCUGAGCUCCGCGAUUGGCUCUUUCUGCUCCUCCUGUGCCUCACCUUAUUGGCUGAGGUGCUGGAACUGGCAGCAGCGGCAAUUGCCAUGGAGACGGGCGAGGGAGAUGAGGGCAUUGUUUGUCCCAUAGUGUGCCGCUGUGAUGAGGGUUUUGUCUACUGCAACGACCGUGGCCUCAGUAUAAUUCCUCCACUACCAUUAAUGGCUGCCAUCCUCUACUUGCAGAGCAACCGGCUGAGUAACGCUGGCCUACCUCCCACACUGGAACGCAGCACUUCCAUACGAGUGAUUUACCUGUAUGCCAACCAGUUGGAUGAAUUCCCUAUACACCUCCCGCCUUCGUUACGGGAGCUCCAUUUGCAGGAUAACAAUAUACGAACGUUACCGAGAUCAGCUCUGGCCAAGCUCCCAUUACUAGAACGAUUGCACCUGGAUGAUAACUCUAUAUCCACAGUUAGCAUCCAGGAGAGAGCUUUUUCCGGGACACCACGGCUUCGACUUCUGUUUCUGUCUCGGAACCACCUAUCAAGCAUCCCUGCAGGCUUGCCAGCAUCCUUGGAAGAGUUACGACUUGACGACAAUAGAAUCAGCACUAUCCCCACACAUGCCUUCCGUGGGCUCUCCUCCCUGCGACGCCUCGUCCUGGAUGGGAACCUGCUGGCCAACACACGCAUUGCAGAUGACACCUUCUCCCGUCUCUCCAACCUGACUGAGCUGUCACUGGUCAGGAAUGCGCUACAGUCUCUGCCCGUCUACCUACCAUCGGCUCACCUUGUGCGACUCCAUUUGCAAGACAACGGAAUGACUCACAUACCACGGGGGGCGCUGGACGGGAUGCGGCGGCUACAGAGGCUGGACCUGUCUGGAAACAAUCUGACCACUCUCCCACGAGGACUUCUGAAGGAUACAGAAAGCCUAGAGCUGCUACUGCUGCGAGGAAACCCCUGGUAUUGUGGCUGCAACCUUCGCUGGCUCCACGCAUGGCUGCACAGCCGGGGGGCAGCGGUGACAGUCAGGGGUCUGACCUGUCAGGGGCCUGAGCCUGUAAGAGGGCAGGCCGUCAGAGAACUAACCUCCAUGAUGGAGCAGUGUGAAGGCCCUGCUGCUGGUCCUAGUACUGGAAUGGGGAUGAACCCAGCAGAAAAAGAUCGGGGUGGUGAAGAUGGUGUUGGUGGAGGCCAAGCAGUGGCUUCAGUCGCCCAUGGUAGCACCACCACGACCUCCCUGCUGGUCCCCACACAAGGUUCCCUCUUCACCCUGCGAGCCAAGCGACCGGGACUUGUUAUGCCUCUGCCUCCUGGGGAAGGGGGACAGGUCUCUGGAGAGGCCCUGGAGCUGACUGUAAAACCUCUCUCUUCGGACAGUGUACUGGUAAGCUGGCUGUGUCCACAGCCGGCACCCUCCUUCCGCUUAUCUUGGCUGAGGUUGGGUAGCAGUGCAGCUCUUGGCUCCAUAACAGAGACUCUGGUACCUGGAGAGAGGAGGCAGUACCAUCUUACCCAGCUUACCCCACGGUCCCAUUACCUCAUAUGUCUGCUGCCACUACGACAGGAAUCCUCCUUUGGGGGUUCCAGCAUGGGUUUAUCUCGAGUUGGCAGCAUGGACAUAGACAGUAAAGACUCUGCCCCGUCCUGCGCUCAGAUAGAAACUGGAGAGGCACUGGUCAACACAGAUGGGGAGGGUUCAGAUAAAGAGGGACAGGACUUAGAACUAACAGCCCUGCCAUUGGCUGGGAUCAUUGGUGGUGCCACAGCAUUAGUAAGCUUGCUGUUAAUCUUUGGCAUCUUCUGCUGGUAUGGACAGAGAACAAGUUACGUGUCCGGUGACUCAGGCUCGUACAGCAGGGGCCGGGGUGGGAAACAUUAUGAUGACUAUGUAGAGUCAGGUACCAAGAAAGACACUUCCAUCUUAGAGAUCAGGUCCCCUCCUGCAGGGUUUCAGAUGACAGCUAUGGCCCAUCAGCCCCUGCAGCCUAAGCUGGAGGAUGUCACCUACAUCCACACCAUUUUCCCCUCCUCUUCCUCUUCUUCCCAAGCUAACGGGACCUACCGGAGCAGCCACGCAGUCGGCAGCCUCAAUGGCACCAUCCUCAGCCAAACCAGCCACCAUCAUGCCACUUAUGGUACCAACCGAGGCUACAGAGAGGGUGGCAUCCCCGACAUAGAUUAUGCCUACACGUGAUAAUACAGGGACCUACUAUCUGAGCCACGAAUGCCGGGGACCAUUUCUAUGAUGACGACCCCAUGGCUAGUGGCCAUAUUGUCCUUGGUUUCCAAAGUACCCUCUGUGCCUCUGCUGGUUCAAGUCUGAUUGGUUUGCUAUGUAGAAAAGACUGAUUUCAGCUGUGUUGAUUGGACAUUGCUAUUGAGUUACAGAAGUAACAGUCCGACUAUACUCUACUACUGUAUACUACAUUAUACAGUGGAUCCUUUUUUCAGCCCUACUUAUAGUUAUAAAUGGUUACGUUUUCUCCUUUGGAUAUCUCAGUGUCUUUCAAACCUACUGUUCGUCUCAGCUCAUAAUAAUACACAGUAACUUAUUUGAGGUGGAUAUACUAGCCGUAGUUGAUUUAGCAGGAAAUAUAUUUAUGAGGAAAAGGCACUUGAUGUGUAUAGAGAUAGCUCUCAUAUCUUCCUAACAACUGUAAGUUCUGUGCUGUAUAGAUAAAAGGGAUGACUGAGAGAGAAAUCAAUGGUUGUUAUAACCCACAGAUGACAAAUCAUCAUGGUUGACAUGAAAAGAUGUGUUCCUAGCCCCCUCUCUUCCUCUGGUUUACUCCCUCCUUUUUUAAUUUUACCUCCUUUCAGCCUAAUUUUUUGGCGUAGGCUCUUUCCUUUUAUUUCUCGUGUCUUUUGUGGUGCCGUGAGUAAAAGACGACUUUGUUCUCGCCAAGGGAGCUGACAGCUGUGAUAAGAGUUCUGACAGAGACAGAAGACACAAACCACAGCAUGGGGAG